AUGUCGACUGGUAUCAAUGAAAUCGACGCAAAUCUUCCAUGGUCGUCCGCAACGUCGAUUGAUAGAAGCGAUGGACCUUUAAGGUUACCUUUCGCCCGCCCAUCGGUGUCAGAGCGGAAAUUUAGGAGUCAUGUAAUUGAACAAAAAAUUAAUGAGAUCAAGGAUAAAAUGUAUGAUAAAGAUUUGGCCAGAAUAUUUGAAAAUUGUUUUCCAAACACUUUAGAUACGACUAUCAGUUGGAUGAAUAAUUCGGAAAAACGCCCGGAGACAUUUGUCGUGACAGGUGAUAUUCCUGCAAUGUGGCUUCGAGAUUCUACAAAUCAAGUGUUUCCUUAUUUGCGAUUUGCAAAAAUCGAUCCAAAUUUAAAGAGAAUGUUGUUGGGCGUAAUUCACAUGCAGGCUGAUUGUAUUCUACAGCAUCCUUAUGCGAAUGCAUUUCAUCCACCACCCGACUCAAUUCCAAGAUCGGACAAUCCUUGGUCACGAGUCGACUCAACUAUUCCAGAAACGACAACAAAUAUAUGGGAAGCUAAAUGGGAAGUUGAUUCACUAGCUGCUUUCUUGAAGAUCUCGUAUAAUUAUUGGCUGCAUACCGACGAGAAAAUUUUCAUCAAUGAUUCGAACUGGGUGAAUGCUGUGAAAUCUGUUCUGCACACAAUCGAAGAACAACGGAAAAGCACAUUGGAAGAAUUUAAGCGUCCUGCGUAUGCUUUUACGCGUGAGACGAGAACUUCCACAGAGACAUUGAUGUUGGAUGGUAGAGGUGCACCGGUGAGACGGAUAGGCCUAGUAAAAUCACAAUUUCGGCCAUCAGACGAUGCUACAGUGUUCCCAUUUUUCAUUCCCGGCAAUGCCAUGCUCUCAGUAGAAUUAGCACAUUUAUAUGAACUUUUAAUUGACACCGAACAUCACGAGUUAGCAAAAAAAGCAGCACUAAUAUCACAAGAAAUACGAGAAGCAAUUCUCACGCACGGAAUCGUAUCACACUUUCAUUUUGAGCACGAUCUCUAUAAGAGAACACGAAAUUUUGUGUUGAGCGAGUACAACAAAUUUUUCUUUACUUGUUAUGAAACUAACGAAAAUGUUGGGCCCGUUGAAGGCGUUGGUGGUCCGCAUAUUGGACUGGGAUUUAUUUGGCCAAUGAGCUUGUGUGUUAGGAUAAUAACGUCUACUGAUGAUAAAGAGAUUCUGGAGACACUUGAACAGUUAAAGAAAACUACAGCUGGUACUGGGUUAAUGCACGAGUCUUUUUGGUGGGAGAAGCCUUCCCGCUUUACUCGGUCAUGGUUUGCAUGGGCAAACAGCCUAUUUGGUGAGAUGAUUCUUCGACUUGCUGAGGAAAAACCACACUUGAUUUUUUCAGAAAUUCAAAUUGAACAAUGA